AGUUGUUCCUAUAGAAGAAUCUUCUAUCUAUAAAUAUAUCUACGGGCUACGGCUCAAGCAUCCUAUUCCUCUCCCACUCACAUAAACAAAACCAGUCAUUCUCUUAUUCUACAAACUUCAAAGUCUUCUUCUUCUCAGUUCCAGUUUUAACAAUUCCAUGCUCUUCCGUCUCUGGUUUUCUCAAAUUUUCAACAAACUCGAAACAAGCCUCUAUUUUGCUUUUCUUUUAUUUCAGAAUUUAUUUAAGUUCGUUUCAUUUCAUUUGGAAAUCAAGAAAAAGAGAAUCAACGGGUUUUUGAUUUUGUAUUCCAAGUAUUUUUUUAUUGAAUGGAGAUUAUUCCAGGUUUACCAAAUGAGAUUGGAAGAGAAUGUCUAAUUCGAGUUCCAUACACUCAAUUCUCUACACUCUUAUCCGUUUCGAAAAAAUGGAAGCAAGAAAUCCAAUCAAAUAAAUUUCAUCUACAGAGAAAGCUCAGAGGGUUCACUCAGAAUCUAAUAGCUUUAAUUGAAAGUGAUCCAAUCAUUGAUGAUUUGAUGCAAAACCCAUUAAAUCCUUGUACACCGGUUCCUCGGCUUAGCUUUUACGAACCGGGGAAGAAUGAAUGGGUUAAGUUACCGCCUAUUCCCGGUAUCUCCUUGGAUGGAUUACCUCUGUUUUGCGAGUUUGCGGGAGUUGGUCGGAAAUUAGUGGUCAUUGGAGGCUGGGAUACCAAAACAUGGCAAGUUAUGAGUUCUGUCUACAUUUACGAUCUUGUUACUGGUACAUGGCGACGCGGUGUUGAUAUGCCCAGCGGCAAGAGAUCCUUUUUUGCUUGUGCAUCUGAUAUGAAUCGCAAGAUUUAUAUUGCUGGUGGACAUGAUGAUGAUAAGAAUGCCUUGACAUCCGCUCUAGCUUAUGAUGUCUUAGAUGAUUCAUGGAACCCGCUCCCUGAUAUGGCAAGCCAGAGAGAUGAAUGUAAAGGUUAUUUCCAUGGUGGUAAGUUCCAUGUUAUCGGCGGGUACCAAACAGAGAUGCAAGGGAAAUUUCAAAAAUCAUCAGAAACUUUUAAUGUUGAUACGGUGAAGUGGGAUUUUGUUGAAGAGGACAAACUGGAGAGCAAUAUGUCCUUUGAUUUAAAAGGGACACUGUACAAAUGUUGCCCACCUUAUUUGAUGCGUUUAGAUGGUUCCAAAUGGCGGCAAUUCAUCGAGCUUCCUUCGGAUGUUUGUAUUGGUACUCAUGUUGUGGCAUGGCAAAAGAAGAUGUUGGCAAUUGGGUCUGAUAUCAAGGGUGGGAUACAAAAUUGUUAUGCAUUAGAGUUUGAAAUUGAUGAGAAGAGGCCAAAGUGGACGAAGUUAGAGUUAUCCAAAGAGUGUACUAGGAUUUUGCAGUCCGGAUAUAGUUUCGAAGUGUAAGCUUUAUUCUCAUCAUCAUGAUUUUGUAAUCGGCUUAUUUAUAAGAAGUGUGGAUGUUGUUUGUAUUUUCGCAAA